CUUCUGAACCAACUUAGCCGUGGGAGCGGCGUUGGCGGUGGCGGUGGCGAUGGGGAGUGAGUCGGGAUCUCUGGAAUACACGCCUACAUGGAUAGUUGCGGGUGUAUGCUUCGUCAUUGUUUUUCUCUCUCUUUGCGCUGAACGAGGCCUUCACUGGCUUGGCAAGCUCUUAGAGAAGAAGAAGAAAGACGCCCUGCUCCAGGCCCUACAAAAAUUAAAAGACGAAUUGAUGCUCUUAGGGUUCAUUUCGUUUCUAUUAACCGUUUUCCAAAGCGUACUUAGUCGAAUAUGCAUCUCUAAACAUCUGGCCUCGCACAUGCACCCGUGCAAGAAGCAACCUUCAGAGAUCGCCACUCAUGGAGAACUUUCGCUGACAAGAAAAUAUAGGAGAGGACUUUUAUCAACGGAUGAGAGUGUGGAGAUCUGUGCACAUAAGGGACAGGUUCCAAUAUUGUCGAUAGAGGCGUUACAUCAACUUCACAUAUUCAUCUUUGUAUUGGCAGUCGUCCAUGUUUUCUUUUGUGUGACUACUAUGGUUCUUGGCGGAGCAAGGAUCCGCCGGUGGAAAAAUUGGGACGACUCAAUUCGAAAGGAAGAGGACAAGCAAAUGCACGCUGCAGCCGCAGAUGUUGAUCAUCGCCGCCAUCAUGAGAUCUUCAGACAGCGCGCAAGUGGAUAUUGGAGGAAAGCAGCUGUUGUGAGCUGGAUGAUUUCAUUUGUGAAACAAUUCUAUGGUUCUGUCACCGAGUCAGACUAUAUCACUCUGCGACGCGGAUUUAAAAUGGCCCAUAUGCCUUUCGUACCUGAAUCGCAAUUUGAUUUUUACUACCACAUGAUGCAAAUUCUUGAAGGUGAUUUUAUAAAAAUAGUCAGCAUAAGCUGGUUCUUUUGGCUAUUCAUCGUCGUAUUUUUGCUACUAAAUGUGCAAGGAUGGAACACGUACUUUUGGCUGUCGUUUCUGCCAUUAAUCCUUUUGCUCCUUGUUGGAGCUAAACUGGAGCAUAUAAUAAUGCGCUUAGCUCAGGAGUUGGACAGUACUGAUCCUGAUCAUGAAGCCGCUAGAGUGAAGCCCUCUGAUGAUCACUUUUGGUUUCAUCGGCCCGGAAUUAUUCUUUGGCUGAUUCAAUUCAUUUUGUUUCAAAAUUCUUUUGAGAUUGCCUUUUUCUUCUGGAUAUGGAGCACUUACGGAAUCCACUCGUGCAUUAUGGAAAAGCGUGGUUUCAUCAUCACAAGACUCAUAAUGGGAGUUAUUGUUCAAGUCCUCUGCAGCUACAGUACCCUGCCUCUGUACGCUCUAGUCUCUCAGAUGGGAACCUCGUACAAGUUUGGUCCCCGUCUCAAACACCACAUAGGGGGUUGGUUUGAUGAAAAAAAGCACAAAGGCGACCACCCAUCUGGAGGAGCAACCGCUUCACAUUCGCACAGAAUGGCCACGCAAUCAUUGGAAACCUUUCAUGUGGCCGAGCAAGCGCAGGAUAUUAUUGAUGAAGCUACUGCAGUGAUUGAAGUCAAGAAUGGUCUCUGAUGUCUCUCGAGUUACCAGGCUCGAAACUCCAUUUUUACUCUUAAAAAUCAUGGACACGGUGAUGGCUUCGUGUACCAUUUUUGGGGUACUUGGACGCCCAUAUCACAUGUUAAUGUGAACUACGAUGUUCUAAGCCCAGAAAAUAAAAUAAAAAAAAGUUCAGCAAUGGCUCCCAAUCGACAACUCUGCAAUAGGCAAUGGCAUGGCUGUUUGGUGGGAGUGCUCAAUUGGGAUUGGCUUUGCUUUAGCAGUAUACUGGAGGGAGCAAAUCGAUUCAAAGAUUAAAAACGAGAGCCCCCACCCCCAUAUGGCUAAAUCAGACACCACUUUUAGACAUAGGCACAAAGGUACUUACGUUGGAGAUGACAGUUUGUAACCCAAUUCCAACACCAACCCACCUAAAGAUCCAGGCAAGCAAUUCAAAAUUUAUAUUGGAGAUGACAAUUUGUAUCUCAAUUCCAGCAGCACCCAACCCACCUAAA